AUCUCAAAGACACGCACAGAGCUCCUUGAGGUUGUCGGAGUUAAGGCUGAAAGAGGAGGAGCGGCCCCUGUGAUCCCCACAAUUUUGUUCCCUGCUUGCUUCAGCAGAGCCUGGCACCCAGGGAGGUGGCAGGAUGGGUCCCCGAUGGGCACGUGACAUCGAGCCAGCUCUGACUCCAAAGCCUGACCCGCGUGGCUGCACCGUCCACUGUGCGCCGUCCAUUGCAGGAGACCCCAGGCUGUGUCCACACGUACCCCCGGAAGGACCUCCUGCUAACCUGGGCUUGACUUUGAGACCCUGUUCCACAGAGGUAGCCGGGGGACUCGCGGUGCCAGGCCCACAGCCUCCUCGCCGGUAGUAUCUGGGGGCCGGGGGCCGUUUCCAGAGCACACUCCCCAGAAAGGCUCCCUUCUCCUUUUCACAGUGCUGACUGUCGCUUAGGUCAGAAAUAGGCCCGUCGCUUUCCAAGCAGAAACCCAAACACUGAAAAUUCGACUGUGACUUUUGAGGGGUGGGGACCGCCAGGUCCCCCCAACAUCCCCCCCCGCGGGCCCAGAAAGGCAGAGUGGCUGCCGGCCCGCGUGUCCAGGCCCCUUGCACUGAGGGAACCUUCUAGUCAAUUGCCUGAAGUUCGAAGGUUUGGGGGGUUUUCGUGGUUGCUUUCGUUUGUUUUGGCAGUUGCAGAAUCCCCCGAAAAGGUGGGAAUGUGGAUUUUUCAAGGAAGGUGCUCCUUUGAUUCAGAAGCUAAGGAGGCCCUAAGUGCAGUCUCACCUUGAGAAAAAUAUCAGGCCAGUCCUAGCGGAGGGGCGUCCUGCAGACACCCAGCCUGCACUCAGAACUGUCACGGUCAGAAAGCAUGGUCAGAAAGUCUGAGAAAGUCACGGUGCAGCAGGGCCCGAGAGGCAAGACGGCGACACGUGGGCUCCAGGACAGGACCCUGGGGCGGACGCAGACAGUGGGUGAAAACCAAGGAAAGGUCUGAAUAUCGCUGAAGGUAGCCAUGGAUCCUGGCUCAUUAAUUGUAACAGUGUAGCAGGCGGGUGGAAGAUGAGAGCUGUGGGGAGCCAGGCAGGGGGGGGUCUCUGGGAACUCUCCAAUUUAAAGCUGUUCUUAAAAAUAGUCUAUUAAAAAAGACAGUUGAGGGCGGCCCUGCCUACAGCUGGAGUUGAGGUUCUGGGUAGCACCAGGCUUCCUCUCAGCCUCCAUAGACGAGUAGGGACCAGGCAGGGCCUUGGCCACAGGGAGCCUUCUGGUUACCAGGUUCUCCACAGCCUUUGCAGUUUCCCUGUGAAUCUGAAAUUACCCCCAAAUAAAAAGGGUGGGUUUUUUUGUUUGUUUGUUUUGUUUUGUUUUUGAGACAGCGUCUGGCUCUGUUGCCCAAGCUGGAAUACAGUGGUGUGAUCUCUGCUCAGUGCAGCCUCCACCUGCCAGGCUCAGGUGAUCCUCCCACCUCAGCCUCCCGAGUAGCUGGGACUACAGGUGCACGCCACCACACUCGGCUCAUUUUUUGUAUUUUUUUUAUAGAGACAGGGUCUCACCAUGUUGCCCAGGCUGGAUUCAAAUUCCUGGGCUCAAGUGAUCCACCUGCCUUGACCUACCGAGGUAGUGGGAUUACAAGCAUGAGCCGCCACGCCUGGCCAAAAGGUGUAUUUGUUAAGUACAGGCUGCCCUGCUGUCCGUUAUCCCUUAUAACUCACCUGGUCCCUGCUUUCCAGCUGGGGACUGGCAUGGACCCCAUGGGGCUUCCCCCAUUUCACUGAGGCAAGACCCAGAUGCUGGGGGUAUUGGGUGUCCUGCCCAACCAGGGUCCGCAGGGCCAGGGGCUCCUGGCGUGCCUUCCCGUGGGACUCCGCAUGGGGGGCUGGGAGGGCGAGGAAAAUGGGAAACACAAUGCCUGCCCAAAACUCCCACCUUGGAGACCCUGUGCCAGGGUUUUCCAGAGAGACCAAACCAAUAGGGUGUGUGUAUAGAAAGAUCUAUUGUAAGGAACUGGCUUGUUCAUAGAGACUCAUGAAGCCCAAAAUCUACAGGGGGCCCAGCAGGCUGGAGACCUAGGAGGAGCCACAGCCGCAGCACUGCUGCUCAGGGAGCUCAGCCUUUGCUCUGUGGAGGCCUUUUUCUGCUUGGGUGAGGCCCACCUGCAUUGUGGUGGGCAGUCUGCUUCCCUCAAAGUCAGCUGAUUUAAAUGUUUAUCUCAUCCAUACUCACCCUCAUGGAAACAUCCAGGAUAACAUUUGACCAGCCGUCUGGGCACCAUGGCCCAGCCGCGUGGACACAUACAGUGAACCAUUGCAGGCCCUGCCUUGGCACUUGGCAUCCGUGCAUAUCCCCUUAAGCCACACUCAGUCUCCACACAGCAGUACUCCCGCCUGACACACUCGGUCUCCACACACAGCCGUACUCCCGCCUGACACAGUUCAACCCUCCCGCAGGCAGUGCCAGCACACUUGGCCUUCCCAGAAGAGGGCCACCAUCAUGGGCUCGGACCUUCCAGCUGGACUGCAGUGGGGUGGGGCGUGGCCUCGCCUCUGUGGUCUUUGGGUCACUUGAAUCCCCGCCUCUCACUCAUUUUCCUUUGGUAUUUGCAAAUUUGUCCCUGUGGCGCCUAGAGCUGACUGCCGGGUGCCACCUGUGUCCUGCCUCAAGCCGAGCUCCAGGCGGCACCCGUGAGCAGGCAGGGAUGCCAGUGGCUUCUCACCUGGGAGUUUCUUUGCAGACUCAGAGCUCUUUGUUCCUUUUUAAAAAUCUGAUUUGAAGGCCGGGCACAGUGGCUCAUACCUGUAAUCUCAGCACUUUGGGAGGCCGAGGUGGGCAUAUCGCCUGAGGUCAGGCGUUGGAGACCAGCCUGGGCAACACAGGUUGGGGCAACUCCCUUCCCUAAUAAAAGUUCAAAACCAACCCUUAAAGUUUAAAAAGUGAGAUGGGAUAUUUGAAGGAGGCAGGUCUGAGGGAAAUGCUUGAAAUUAUCCUCUCUGUCCCUGUGCCGCCAGGUCAUUUAGUUCCAUUGUUAUUCAACAUACCAUUUGACACAUGCUAGGAGCGCAGGACUCGGCAAUAUAAAGCGUGGUAAUCGAUGGACACUGCCCCCGGCAGCCAGCCAGGGGCAGGACUUAAGCCCCACCCAACUGCAGGCUGUCCCCCACCGCUGCCAGCCUGAAAUUGGAUUGGUUACUGCUGCUGGUCUGAAAUUGGAUUGGUUAUUUGCUUACUGGAACAUUUUUGUCACAUGACUGUGUAUUCUAAAACAAGAUGUUGUUUUUGUUUGUGAGAGAGUCUUGCUCUGUCGCCCAGGCUGGAGUGCAGUGGCGCGAUCUCGGCUCACUGCAAGCUCCGCCUCCCGGGUUCACGCCAUUCUCCCGCCUCAGCCUCCCAAGUAGUUGGGACUACAGGCGCCCACCACCACACCCGACUAAUUUUUUGUAUUUUUAGUAGAGACGGGGUUUCACCGUGUUAGCCAGGGUGGUCUCGAUCUCCUGACCUUGUGAUCCGCCCGCCUCGGCCUCCCAAAGUGCUGGGAUUACAGGCGUGAGCCACCGUGCCUGGUAUUGGGUUUGUUUGUGUGUGUGUGUGUGUGUGUGUGUGUGUGUGUGUGUUUUUGACUUACUUGUUUGGUUCUAUAGCAAUGGCACCAUGUUUCUGUCACCCAAACCAAAAAUCACCUAGGGUUUGAUUUUUGGUGUUUCUAAGACACCUCUGGGCCACUGCACAUGGCUGAGGUGGGCUUCGCACCGGCUGUCUUCCGUUGGACGCCCACACAUCGGUUUAUUUAUGCAUUCUCUUGUCCACAGACCUUGAGGUCAUCAGACAUUCUUGAAUGCUCCCGAGCCCAGGAGCGAGCGUUUCUGAGCUUUGACGGAGCAGCAGUGGGGCUGCCGGGCCCUAGGGGGAGCAAAUGGUCCUCGUUUCUGAGCUGCGAGGCUCUCCCAGAGAAUAAGCCAUUUCUCCGGGGCACUCCUGGGCCUCGAAGGUGUUUGGGGCUGCGGGGGAUUGAUUUGUGCCGACCCCGCAGUGUAGGAGACGCCUGGGCGGCCUUGCGGGUUGCUUCGAUGGUUCUCGGGGCUGAGAUGCUUGUGUCUCUCUCGGGCGAGACGCCUGCUCUGGGCUUCUGUUCCUAUUUUGACUGCUUUUUCCUCAUGGAUUUUUCAGUCCAGCAUCCCUAGCCACGGGCCCUUUGUCUCUCAUGUGUGCAGGUGAUUCAGGGUGACUAAAAUCUUCUGUAAUUCCUUCUAAAAUGUUUUGCCGCUUUGCUGUCCACGUUUCCACCCUUAGUCUCUGAGGGGCCUAGUGUGUGUAUGGUGGGAAGCGGGGUCAGCCCCCGCCUGGACCGCUGUGACAGAACCCCACAGACAGGGUGACUUACACGCGACAGAAACGUCUUUUCUCAAGUUCUGGAGGCGUGGGGACCCCAUCUUCAAAUACAGCCACAUUGGGGGUUAGGGCUCCCCACGUGAAUUUAGGGGACACUUCAGUUCGUCCCGGCGGGGACUGGGGACUCCGGGCUGUGUGCUGUGUCCUGUGGGAGAGUUUGUUCACCCUGCUGCAGGCUCCCUGAUGAGCCCUGGCGUCUGCUAGGACGUCAUUCUCUUUACUGAUUGAACUCGAAGGAUGUCCAGUUGGCGCAUUUUCAGGGUUUCCCAGGCGCCCUGGGGGUGGGUCCUGUGUGUCCCCGCUCCAGCCAGCGUCGACCCCCAGCUGUGCGUCAGUCCCUCAGCUCCGCCCCCCAGCUGCGCGGCCGUCCCUCGGCUCCGCCCCACAGCUGUGUGACCGCCCUUCGGCUCCGCCCGCAGCUGCACGUUCGUCCCUCGGCUCCGCCCCCAGUUGCUCGUCGGUUCCCUCGGCUCCGCCCCCUCGGCUGUGCGUCUGGCCCUCAGCUCCACCCCCAGCUGCGCGUCCGUUCCUCAGCUCAGUCCCCAAGCUGUGCGUCCUUCCCUCAGCUCUAACCCCAGCUGUGCGUCCCUCCUUCAGCUCUACCCCCAGCUGUGCGCCCGCCCCUUGGUUCCACCCCCCUCCCCAGCUGUGCGCCCGCCCCUUGGUUCCACCCCACCAAGCUGUGCGCCCGCCCCUUGGUUCCGCCCCCCCCCCCAGCUGUGCAUCCGUCCCUUGGCUCCGCCCCGCACUGUGCGUCCAUUUUUGACUCCGCCCCCGGCUGUGCGUCCGUCCCUCGGUUCCGCCCCCGGCUGCGCGUCUGUCCCUCGACUCGGCCCCUCAGCUGUGCGCCACUUUCUCUGUGGCCCACAGUACCUCCGUCUCCGCCGCUUCACACCCUUCUCUUUCUUUCUCUCUUCAGAGAGGGUUGUUGGGCAGGCAGAGCAUCCCCCGAGGGGACAAGUCAGGCCUACGGACUCCUGGAGCCAGGACCUGCCGUAGGCUGGUUAGGGCAGGAUGCGCCCUGUCUUCGUGGGUAGAGCCACAUGGGGGCUCACCCGACCUCCUCAGGGCUGAGGGGCACAGGGGCCGAAAGUGUGGCCGCCCCUGGGGGUCUGCGCCUCUUGUGGAGCCCAGGCCUGGCGCCCAGGUGGGUGGAGUGUGGAGGGGGCACAGGCUGCACGACCCCAGCCUGGCCUCGGGCUUGCUGGGAGUCGCGUCUGUGGCCGGAGGGGCCUUUGGUGUCACCAGGCCUCUGUCAAACCCCAAGCCGCAUCCUGGGAGGGCUGGGUGGGCUGAGCCGCCCGCUGCCGUGAGGCCUCUUUGACCUGCGCUCCUGGAGGACCCCUGACUUCUUGGUUUCGCUCUGAAUCUUCCAUUUAAAGGAAGAGGAGCAGGUUUUACCAUCCGUGUGGCCUGAUUUCAGCAGUUUCCAGUCAGAGCUAGUUAUUUGCUUGUUUUAAAAACAUUCCGUUACAAUUUCCACUUCAGUAUAUUUGUGGCACUUUCAUUUGGUUCAUGAAAGUCGCUUUUAUGAUGGAAUUUUAUAAAAGCACAAAGCUUCCCAUUGUACGUUCCGUUUCUGAAGAUUCUGUUUACACACACAUCCGUUUCAAAGAGUUCUGGAGGAGCAAAGUGGGACACGGUGUUGAGGAAGGACAAGACCAGCCGUCUGGUUACAGGCUUGGUGCCGCCUUUCUCAUAAGAGGCACAGUCCGCAUAGGCUGGACUGUCAAAUGCAUGUUAUAAAGAUGAUGUUUUUGGUAACUUGCGAAUGGAAACGGGUGCAUGGUCGGUUUGGUUCUCCUGCCCUGAGAUUUAUUAGGUUAAAGGAAACUCGACUGGAGAGCCCGGGGCCUCGCGCCGCUUGCGUCUGGCGAGUUGUUGAAGUGAAGUCAGUGGCACUCUCCUGCAUCUUAGCCUGGCCCAGGCUCCAGUGUGGCGUCCACUCUUCCUCCUCUGACAGUCAUGUGUAAAUAUUGAGGCCCGUUUGAACUAUCCCCGUGCGAGAAAAAAGGCCUGUUUUUCACAGGGCUGCCUGGGGAGGAGAGGGGUGGAAAGGAAAACAGGCAGGGGACAAACGGACCUGGCCUGCGUUGGCCUGGGGUGACUUCACGGCUCCACUGUCAGCAAGCGGCCGUCCCGUGGUGAAUCCUGUACGCCCUGCGAGGACACCUGGCUCCAUCCUCACCUGGGCCUCUGUCUCCAGCCGCCGAGGCCGUGACACCAUGAGGAUCAUAAUCUAUCUACCGCCGGGGAGCCAGAAGAUGGAGGAAGCUGUACUGUGCCAACGGCCACCUCUUCCAAGCCAAGCGCUUUAACAGGAGAGCGUACUGCGGUCAGUGCAGCGAGAGGAUAUGGGGCCUCGCGAGGCAAGGCUACAGGUGCAUCAACUGCAAACUGCUGGUCCAUAAGCGCUGCCACGGCCUCGUCCCGCUGACCUGCAGGAAGCAUAUGGAUUCUGUCAUGCCUUCCCAAGAGCCUCCAGUAGACGACAAGAACGAGGACGCCGACCUUCCUUCCGAGGAGACAGAUGGAAUUGCUUACAUUUCCUCAUCCCGGAAGCAUGACAGCAUUAAAGACGACUCGGAGGACCUUAAGCCAGUUAUCGAUGGGAUGGAUGGAAUCAAAAUCUCUCAGGGGCUUGGGCUGCAGGACUUCGACCUAAUCAGAGUCAUCGGGCGCGGGAGCUAUGCCAAGGUUCUCCUGGUGCGGUUGAAGAAGAAUGACCAAAUUUACGCCAUGAAAGUGGUGAAGAAAGAGCUGGUGCAUGAUGACGAGGAUAUUGACUGGGUACAGACAGAGAAGCACGUGUUUGAGCAGGCAUCCAGCAACCCCUUCCUGGUCGGAUUACACUCCUGCUUCCAGACGACAAGUCGGCUGUUCCUGGUCAUUGAGUACGUCAACGGCGGGGACCUGAUGUUCCACAUGCAGAGGCAGAGGAAGCUCCCUGAGGAGCACGCCAGGUUCUACGCGGCCGAGAUCUGCAUCGCCCUCAACUUCCUGCACGAGAGGGGGAUCAUCUACAGGGACCUGAAGCUGGACAACGUCCUCCUGGAUGCGGACGGGCACAUCAAGCUCACAGACUACGGCAUGUGCAAGGAAGGCCUGGGCCCUGGUGACACAACGAGCACUUUCUGCGGAACCCCGAAUUACAUCGCCCCCGAAAUCCUGCGGGGAGAGGAGUACGGGUUCAGCGUGGACUGGUGGGCGCUGGGAGUCCUCAUGUUUGAGAUGAUGGCCGGGCGUUCCCCGUUCGACAUCAUCACCGACAACCCAGACAUGAACACAGAGGACUACCUUUUCCAAGUGAUCCUGGAGAAGCCCAUCCGAAUCCCCCGGUUCCUGUCCGUCAAAGCCUCCCAUGUUUUAAAAGGAUUUUUAAAUAAGGACCCCAAAGAGAGGCUCGGCUGCCGGCCACAGACUGGAUUUUCUGACAUCAAGUCCCACGCGUUCUUCCGCAGCAUAGACUGGGACUUGCUGGAGAAGAAGCAGGCGCUCCCUCCAUUCCAGCCACAGAUCACGGACGACUACGGUCUGGACAACUUUGACACACAGUUCACCAGCGAGCCCGUGCAGCUGACCCCAGACGAUGAGGAUGCCAUAAAGAGGAUCGACCAGUCAGAGUUCGAAGGCUUCGAGUAUAUCAACCCAUUAUUGCUGUCCACCGAGGAGUCGGUGUGAGGCCGCGUGCGUCUCUGUCGUGGACACGCGUGAUUGACCCUUUAACUGUAUCCUUAACCACCGCAUAUGCAUGCCAGGCUGGGCACGGCUCCGAGGGCGGCCAGGGACAGACGCUUGCGCCGAGACCGCAGAGGGAAGCGUCAGCGGGCGCUGCUGGGAGCAGAACAGUCCCUCACACCUGGGCCCGGGCAGGCCAGCUUCGUGCUGGAGGAACUUGCUGCUGUGCCUGCGUCGCGGCGGAUCCGCGGGGACCCUGCCGAGGGGGCUGUCAUGCGGUUUCCAAGGUGCACAUUUUCCACGGAAACAGAACUCGAUGCACUGACCUGCUCCGCCAGGAAAGUGAGCGUGUAGCGUCCUGAGGAAUAAAAUGUUCCGAUGAUG